AAGAGCUUUCAAUUAUGGGAGACUCGACAAAUCGGUUCAUAUCGAACCCUUUUGAGUCCACAUUCUGUCCACCCGAACCAGCAGAACCCUAGUGCGUUCGGGUGAACCAGACGAACUGGACUUUGUUUUGUUCACAUUCUGUUUGUGUUUUAUUCUCGAUUUAUGUCUUAUUAGCUCAGUGAUGCUGAAGUUAGCUUAGCUCUCUAGCUAAUGGACAUGUCAGUGUAGUUAAUGGUGUUUCUGACAGAAGUGCCAAAAUGUCUAAAGUUCAAAACCUGAGAUCGUUGGUGGAGCAGAGACUAACUGCAGCUGCUGAAGAGAUAUUUGGACUGUUUGAAAGAACCAUAGCAGAGUACGAGGAGGAACUUUGUCGAACUAAAGAAGAAAACCAGCGACAAAGACAAAUACUGGACGAUGAUUGGAACCCAAGAAGCCUGAUUCACAGGGAAGGAAGUUCUUCAGAUGUAAAUGAGCAGUCAGUGGUUAAAGAAGAGGUCCCCCCUGAGCAGCAGGAGUGGAGCCCCAGUCUGGAUCAAGACCAGGAGUCUGGCCAGGAACCAGGAGGUCCAGGGUCCCCUUACAUUAAGGAGGAACACAAGCAACUGUGGACCAUCCAGAAGGGAGAACAGCUUCAAGACCUAAUGCAGCCAAGAAUAGAUUCAGAUUCCUCUGCAGACAUCCACCAACUGUUGGUGCUUAAAGAAAAGGUUCCUACUGAGCAGCAGGACUUUAGUCACACUUUCUGUCUGAACCAGGAGGACCCAGAGCCCCUCCGCUUUGGAGAAGAGCAGGAGGAACUCUUGACCAACCAGAAUUCGGAGGACUGUUGUGGAUCAGAACUAGCCAGCAGCUUUCAUCCAUAUAGCCUUGUACAAACACACACUGAGAAUAUGACUCGACUCUCUUCUGACACAGAAGUCAGUGAUGAAGACAAGGAGGCCACAAAUGAUCCUCAGACCAGUUUAACUUUUGGAACCAAAAGAAGAUGUAAUCUAUCUGUGAAAUGGUUCAACUGCUCUGUGUGCGGUCAAAGGUUUCGCCAAAAUUCAACCCUGAAGGUUCAUAUGAGAACACACACAGGAGAAAAACCAUAUUGCUGCUCCAUCUGUGGAAAAGGAUUUUCUCAAAAAGGAAAUUACAAUGGUCACAUGAGGCGUCACACAGGAGAAAAACCUUUCAGCUGCUCCAUCUGUAAUAGGCACUUCAGAUUUCGUGGAGACAUGAGCCGACAUGUAAAGAAGACCCACACAGGAAAGAAAAAUGCAUGGUUAAAGGUUAGUGAUAUGAAUCUUAGAAACUUGGACGAACCUUUACGACUUGAAGUCAGAGCUUCGGGAGUUGAGAGUAACGUCACUGAAGACUUGAAGGAGAGCAGAAAGCAAUCAAAUGGCUGGAACAGUCCCCCUCUUAAUGAUCUGAGCUGUAAAACUGGUAAACAGUCAUUUUUUGAAUACAGUCAAAAACAUAGACAAAAAUCAAAACACAAAGUCCACAUGAAAACCCAUACAGGAAAGGAGACAUAUAUGAACACUAGCGAUAACCUUCACCAGGAGUCAAAUAGACUUACAAACUCCGAUCCAGAUGAACAUUUACUAGCUAAAAUCAUGGACAGACCUUCGGGAGUUGAGAAUCAAGACAGUGAUGCUGGUUGGAAAGAGAGCAGAGAACCUGGGUUACAGUCAAACACCCAGACUAAUGAUGAACUGUCUUACUCUCAAAAUGACACUACAUGUAACAGUCCUAAAAAAUCAUAUCACUGCUCUGAGUGUGGCUACAAAUUUGGACAAAAACCACACCUAAAAAUCCACAUGAGAAUCCACACAGGAGAAAAACCAUACAGCUGUUCCAUCUGUGGAAAGAGAUUUUCUCAAAAAGGAAACUCAAUCGGUCACAUGAGAUGUCACACGGGAGAGAAACCCUUCCACUGCUCCAUCUGUAACAGGGGUUUCAGAUUUCGUGGAGACAUGAACCGACACAUGAAGAUCCACACUGAACAGAAAAACUUAAUGUUAGCAAUAUAAUUGAGUUGUAAUGAAUUAGUAUAUUUAAAUGUACAUCCAGAGACAAGAAUGUGGUUCUGUCUGUUUACUACACUAAACCAUGAAUUUUUAAUAUGAUAAUGAUUUUUCAAAUGAUCUUUGAACAUUUAUUUACCUAAGGUACUUAUUUAUUUAUUUAAUUUAAGCCCACAAAGAUUUCUGAAUGGAUCUACAGAAGCAGAAACAAUAAGGCAUAAGCGUAAAAUCAAUGUUUUCAUGAAUUUUAUCUUUUUUUUUUUUUUUUUCAGUACUAAACUUGUGUUUUAUCAGUUGGAAAAAAGAACAACAUGAAAUUGAUGUUACACUUUAGCUACUGGACUAAUCUAUAUUUUGAAUGUUCCAUAAGGAAUGUUCAUCUAAAGCUUGUUUUAAAUGCCUAUAUAUUCAUGUUCCUUCUUCACUUAAACCAUUAUAAUGCAUCAUUUGUAUCUUAAUGACAUGGUUUCAGAUUAAGUCUACUGUUCUUUCUGUUCUAAGUUUUUUGUCGAUGGACUCGAUUUGGUUAUUGAACCUUUUUUUAAAUAAAGGGACAGUCAUU